CUCAGCUCUUCUUUCUUUCCUUCUUUCCUUCUUUCCUACUCCUUUCUCCUCAUCACGUCCUUCCCGGUUCCCACCUCCACCUUGACUGCCAUCUUCUCCUCCACUACCCAUCUUCCUCAUGUCCCAUUCACCCCCAUAACCCUCGCUUAAUAUCCCGGGCCCGACUGUCUCACCUCGGCCGACCUGCGUCAACCCCGCCCCGUGCUGACCUCCAUACCAUGUCGAGACCAUGAGUUUCUUCGCCCAGUUCACCAACCUGCCCACCAUUCACACUCGCAAGGCUCUCCUUCUACUGGACUUCCAGAAUGACUUUGUCCGCCCGAAUGGAGGCCUGCACGUGCCCAACACCGCCGAGUUUCUCGAUCUCCUCCCGCAGCUCGCCUCGGCCUUUCGUCGCAACGGCGAGGUCGUCUGGGUGCGCUCCCAUUACCACACCCAACAACCGUUGGUCUGUCCGUCGGAUGCGCAGGAACUGGUAGUACUCGGUCGCAUGGAUCAAGACACAAGGAGGGACCAGACGGAGGAUGAUGAAGGUCUCGAUCCCGGGGACGAGGAUCCGCCGCCGCUUGUGGACGAGGAGGCAUUCCUCUCCAUGGACCCGCCGCAGUGCUGUAUCCCCCAGACGACCGGUGUACAGUUCCCUGCUCCUAUCUUAGCUGCCAUCGACAUGGAGUCCGAUACCUUGAUCGACAAGACUGGAUAUUCCGCCCUACAAGACCAAGGCCUGAUCCUAUCCUUCCGCACCAGUUUCGUCACCGAAAUUUACCUGUGCGGAUCGCUGUCUAAUGUCUCCGUCUAUGCCACCGCCCUGGAUGCGGUGCGCCACGGUUUUACCGUCACCCUGAUCGAGGACUGCCUCGGGUUUCGCAGCUUUGCGCGCCACGAAGAAUCCAUGCGCCGUAUGGCGGACAUUCUCGGCGCGAAUGGUAUCACCACCCAGGAGCUGUUCGAGGAACUUGACUGGGAGGAGACGGAUGAGAUCGCGCGCCGAGGGGGCCCGCGACCCUUGCAAUCGCUCACCCCCGUCGGCAUUGAAGGCGUCAUGGAUGAGCUGGAGGUCAAGACGAGCGCCUCUCCGAUUGCGAAGGAAGAAAGUCCGGAGUCGACAUCAAGCGGGGCCCGACGUCGCCGGAUCGAUGACAUCCUGGCGGAGUUUACCGACAAUGAAGACGGCGAUCUGCAGGAAUUGGCGAAUUUGACGCGCGCACGUGCUCGAUACGGCUCCGAGUCGCAGAGCGGUGCGUCGCAAGGGGGCUCGGGGGAGAAGAAGAUCCGCAGCCGGGUUCGGCGUACAAAACGAUCCGAUCCAAAGCCCGAGUCCGCGUCGCGACCAGACAAGCGACGCAGCGGCAAAUCCAAGAAACCAGAUGUAUACCGUCCGGGGGAUGUGAUUGGCGAGGGCGAUUCUCGCAUUGUAUACGAUCUCGACCUACCGUCCGAGGCGUUUGAGAAGAUUCGCGAAGAGGUGGCGUGGCAGAAGAUGUAUCAUCUGUCCGGGCAGGUGCCACGAUUAGUUGCCGUGCAGGGGAGGCCGCUGGCCGACGGGUCGAUUCCGAUAUAUCGCCAUCCGGCUGACGAGUCGCCGCCCUUGCAACCCUUCACAGCGACGGUGAACCGGGUGCGCGCAAUUGUCGAGCGUAUCCUCGGGCACCCGUUGAACCACGCACUCAUCCAGCUGUACCGAGAUGGACAGGAUCGGAUUUCAGAGCAUUCCGACAAGACUCUCGAUAUCGUCCGCGGCUCCGCGAUUUGCAAUGUCAGUCUAGGUGCGCAGCGGGUCAUGGUCCUCCGCACCAAGGGGUCGUCGGAGGAUUCGGAAUCCGGUCGACAGACGCAACGCAUUCCCAUGCCACAUGAAUCGCUGUUUGUCCUCGGGGAGAAGACCAAUAUGCGGUGGCUGCAUGGUAUCCGAGCAGACAAGCGUGCCGAGGCCGAGAAGUCGAUCGAGGAACGCGCCUACGAAGGGCAGCGCAUCUCACUGACCUUUCGCCAUAUUGGCACCUUCUUGGAUCCCACAGGCGACACGAUCUGGGGGCAGGGAGCGGUUUCUAAGUCGCAGGAUGGUGCCCAUCCGGUGAUCCACGGGGAUGCAGCCGAGACGGAGCGCAUCAUCCGAGCUUUCGGGGAGGAGAAUCACGCGACAGAGUUUAAUUGGGAGGGUGUUUAUGGGGGCGGCUUCGAUGUGGUCAACUUUGUCACUGCCUGUACGACCAAGCUCAUCUUGGGUUCUGACGCCGUGGCCAAUCUCCGUGUGCGUCUGUGUUUGAGUGAGAACGGCAUCCGCUAUGAGAUCAGUUCCGACGAGGCACCUGCAACACAGCCGCUAUAUAUCACCGCCGAUGGCGCCCAAGUCGCUGGUGACGUCAUCAUCCUGACCCAUCUGGCGCAGCGCGCGGCGGAGCUUGUGCGACCUGAGAUCGAGGCACUGCGGGGGGGAGAUCAUCUGGUAGCCAUUGACGAGCUCCUCGCCAGCUGGCGGGAAUACCAACGCCAGGGUCAGGGCGAGCUGCAGUUGAUGCCGUGGGAAAAGGCGCUGGACGGACAGCCAUACCUAGACGGAGCCGUGUUUGGGAUUGACGACUGCUCCCUGUGGCCGGUCCUCCGGGAAAUCGCGCAGACGCAGCUCUUGUCCGGAAAGAGCUACCCGAACCUGCUGCAAUACUACCAACGGGUCGCAAAGCGCGGCAUCGUCAAGAGCAUACUGGAAGAGUGAGGCAUGACAUUACGAGAGACGACUUAUGAGCGGUUGCACGAUACCUAUAGCAUCGAUACAGUAGUUUAAUAUCACA